AAUCUAUUACAUUUAUUGAGCUAGCAACCAAAUGGCGGAUAACGCAGGGGGUGAUUCAGCCGGUGCUUCUCGUGGAGGAUUCGGACGUGGUGGUUCCCGAGGGGGUUCCAGGGGACGGGGACGUGGACGUGGCAACCGGGGACGUGGAGGAGCUGGUGACAGCAAGGAAUGGUAUCCCUGUACCAAACUAGGACGUCUUGUAAAGGACGGUAUGAUCAAGAAAAUCGAGGAGAUCUAUCUGUUCUCUCUUCCCAUCAAGGAGGCUGAAAUCAUCGACUUUUUCCUUGGAUCCAAGCUCAAGGAUGAGGUCCUGAAGAUCAUGCCCGUCCAGAAGCAGACCCGUGCUGGACAGCGAACACGUUUCAAGGCUUUCGUUGCCAUCGGAGAUUACGAUGGACACAUCGGACUUGGAGUGAAGUGCUCUAAGGAAGUUGCCACUGCUAUCCGCGGUGCUAUCAUCCUGGCUAAACUCUCUGUCAUUCCCGUCAGACGAGGAUACUGGGGAAACAAGAUCGGUAUGCCUCACACAGUACCCUGCAAGGUUACCGGCAAAUGUGGUUCCGUCCUGGUCAGACUUGUCCCUGCUCCCCGUGGAACUGGUCUCGUCUCAGCUCCAGUCCCCAAGAAACUCCUGAACAUGGCCGGAUUUGAGGAUUGCUACACUUGUGCUACAGGACAGACAGCUACCCUUGGCAACUUCGCUAAGGCUACUUUCGCCGCGAUUGCCGCUACCUACGCUUAUCUGACUCCAGAUAUGUGGUCUCCAACCGUGUUCACCAACUCUCCUUAUCAGGAAUACACUGACUACCUGGCCAAGCCUUUCGUCAAGCAGCCCAAGAAGGAAGUCAAAUAUUAAUCAUCUCAGAUUCUUGAUUUUUAGUUUUUAUUUUACAUAACGUAUAAA